UGUGUUAGACAAAGAAUGAACAAAGGAUCUGAAUGGCCUGUUUUACAUUAUUUCAAGCAUGAACAGACACUUAAUACAUUAAAUGAAUACAAUGAAUACAAUUCUGCUUAAAUCUAAACACCGUGGCUGAACAGAAUGUUUAAUAUACCAGCAUCGAGAACGAUAUGAAGAAUUUAAGCAGUAAAAAACUACAUGAAUAUUUGUAAUCUAUAAGCCGACCAUUCCGCUAAAGAUCAGCUUAAAAGUGCAUCUGAGAAUGAAAGAAAGACUUUUGAGAAGGACUAUUGUGAAAUAGAACUUAAUUGUAGGUAUAUGAACAUAUUUGUUUACUAAGAUUGAAUGGCUCAUACAGAUCAGUAAUUGUGAAACUGAACUGAUGUACAAAGACAUUUCCAAAGAUAGAAUGAGCACCACAGAAAAGGACUAUACAGAUCUUGCUAUUCGUGAAACGGACCAUGUGUAUAUAGAUGUUUCCCAAGAUAGAAUGAGCUCCCAAGAAAGGGACUAUACAGAUCUUGGUAAUCGUGGAACAGAACAUAUGUAUGGAAAUAUUUCCAAAGAUGAAAAGAACGCACCAGAAAAUAACUAUACAGAUCUUACUGCUCGUGGAACGGAACAUAUGUAUGGAGAUAUUUCCAAAGAUGGAAUUAUCGUUCCUGAAAAUGACUACACAAAUCUUGGUAAUCGCAAAGCGGAACAUAUAUAUGGAUCCUUGAAUAAACAUGUUGUAAAUGAUGAAGCGAAACCAGGGAGUGGUGCUUUCCUGACUGCAAAGAUACGCUUGAUCGCGUUUGUCUCCAUCUUUGUUAUGUGUUCGGUAACAUCGGUUGUUGUUAUUGUUUUGCUAACACAAAACUCGGGAGAAGAAUCCACCAUAUCAACACAAAGCACAAGUGAUUACAUCACCGGCACAACUAAUGAUAUGGAGACAACCACAAAUUUAAACAAAAAGACUUUGAGCGCCACACAAUUUCUAGCGCCGAACACGACAAAUGAAGUUUCAGUUACGACAGGACAGUUACCAGCGAAAACAACUGAAUUAACAACACCUCCUACACCAACCGCGAUUAUUGAAGGUUCGAUUUCAAGCUGGGUGGAUUGGACAUCUCGAUAUAUACCGGUACAACUUUGUUCUCAUUUUGCUUCAAGUCCUCCUUGGGAGCUAGCGGCUCUUUGUCGUCUUGCAUGGUAUCCAUACAAAAAUGAAGAUGGAUACACAAAAGAUGGCUAUAAAGUUUGUAAAGCAAAGUUCAAAGUAAGUCUUGGUGAAGGAUAUCUACUCGCUUCAGGGCAAUUCAUCUCUCUUAAAGUAACAAGCUAUGGUGGAAAAGAGUCUGCAAUAGCAAACACAACUCUUGGUGUUUUAGAAUAUGACAUAGGUCGUAUCGACGGUGAUAAUAUUAUCUGUGUUGAGUAUAAAUGCAGCGGAAUGUACGAUCCGGGUUUUCGAAAUAACUUUGAUAAUACAGAGGUUAAAGUAAUUCUUGAAUAUAACAAUAGUGAAAUUCGGUGCGUAGUUGCUGAGGAAUCAAAAGAUCUACUGAAUUUGAAUGGUAUCACACAAGUAAACCGAAGCGAUGGCAUAUACGAGUUCGUUGCACCAGACAUAUACGGCUCAAGCAAUGGCUUGUACUCGGCAACAUCUGGGUUAAUCGGCGAGGUCAAUAGCGUCGAAGAGCUUGACAUCUUACAUCAAGAGUCAAAUCUGAGAUGCCUGUCUUCAGAACAAACGACAGAGAAUAACGAUCCUGUUGAUGGGGGAUAUGCCGCUCAUUUUACCUGCUUCUGAUGUUGCUUGAUUUAUUUUGACAACAUUUAUUUCUGCUAUUCUUGCUGAUGUUAUAUUUUGAAUUAAAACACGAGUUCGUUAAACAUGCUAUUUACAAUGAAGUACACAUCUGUCAGUCUGCAACUACUCAUCUGCGGUGAAGUGAGCCUGCAAUACCUUACAUAACUUUUGGGUGCUUUGAAUACGACGUAAAUCCAAUGAUAACAUUCUCUGUGUUGAGUUCAAAUGCAGCGGAGUGUAUAAUCCGGGCUUUGGACAUAACUUUGACUCUAACUUGGCACAAGUAUACUAAGAAGUCAUUGGAAAUUGUCAAGUUUUUAAGUGUUUUACAAAUAGGAAAAACAAGACGUAGUCAGUUAUCAGACAACUCAAUAUUUGCCCUCGUAUGAACCUCUACCUGUCCAAUCAUAAAAAAUGCCCCAUUUGUCAAAUUUGAGCUGUGGCUAUUCAACAAUUAAUAAACAACUUCCAAUAUAUACACAUGACUUUGCUAUCUAAAACAUUUUUAUUUCAGUACUUGUCAAUAACUUGAUGCCGGAUAGUGUGAAAUCAUCAAUGUUCGUUGGACAUAAAUGUUCGUGGUUUUCGUGGGUUGGGUGAUCCACGAAUUCAAGAACCAACGAAACACAGACCCUUUAUUCACUUUUUCAAUUACCAUGUUAUGUACAUACUCUAUUAUAUUCUAUACAGAGGAUGCAGUAUACAGCGGUACACGGUGUAAAUACCGAACUUACUGUAUAUCUUACUAUUAUUGUUUUGUUAAUAUAUUAUA